UAAGGUCUCGAACUCAGUUAUAGUGUACUAUGUAUUUUCCGUUUUUGUAACAGUUUGAAGCUACAUUUCAAAUAACCAUGCAGCGUGUAAGGAGAGAAUGUUCAGUUCGUGUAGAGUUCCAGAAGGAAGAAAGUGUUUUUGUGUUUUUAAAGAAAAAUGGAGUAAAGAUUGAGGAUCAUUUGACGGCGGUGCAAAGCCUGCCCGGUGGGAAGCUUUAUGAUGUUACGUUUAAAACUGUUGCAUUGAGGAGGGAAUUCCAGAGUGUUAUGGAGAAAGAAAAGGAAUGUACUGUAUCAGCUUAUUGCGAGGAUACAAAGAUAAUAACAAUCUUACACGUUCCUUUUGAGGCGAACGAUAGUACCGUGAGGUACAUAUUGAGCAGGUUUGGAAAGGUGCUGGAUGGGCGAAUGCUCGCCCAUCGGGAGUUCCCGCACAUUUUUAACGGGACGAGACAGUAUAAAAUAAAACUGGAGAAAGACAUCCCAUCUUCCUUAAUGAUAGAGGGGCGGGAUUGCUGGGUGAGGUAUGAGGGGCAGCCAAGAACCUGUCUAAAAUGUAAAAAGGCUGGUCAUGAGGCGAAGGACUGCACCGUCACCAGGUGUUACAGGUGUGAUAGAGAAGGGCACAUUGCUCAGAACUGCAAGGAGGAAAUGAAGUGUACCAUAUGUGGCGAGGAGGGGCACGGUUUUCGAGCCUGCCCAGUUUCAUUUGCAGCAAGGCUCAAAAUUUCAUCAACAUGGGCAAGUGUGAAGGAAAGAAAUAGUGAGAAAGUCGAAAAGAAGGAAGAAAAAGUUGGAGAUGGAGUAGAGGAGAAGGAUGGCGACAAAGCAGUUUCUCAUAAGGAAGUAAAGGAGAAGGAAGAGGAAAAGGAGGACCCCGAUCAACCAUCGACCUCUGGAGAAGGGACCCGGGAACCCAAAUCUAGUAAGAGAGAAUCAUCUGCCAGUGUCAAUGAAGAAAUCGAUCCGGAAGAUCAAACCCGUCAGAAGUCCAUUUUCGAUGAUGACAGCUCAGGUGAAUCUAGUGACGAAAUGACUACGGAGAUGUCAUGGGCAGAAGAGACAGCGGGCGGUGAAGGUAAGCGGAGCCCCGUUUAUAUAUCUCCUAGUCCGCUUUUUGACGCCCGGGAAACCAAGAAAAGACGCCAGGGACGUAGAGGGAUUAAAAGACAGUCGACGUCGCUUUCUCCAAAAAGAAAAUAG